AUGUCGCUUUACAACCUGACGAAGACAGGCGCGGCCGAGGAGGUCUUUUAUGACUUAACAGCUUCCUUCGGCGUGCCAACCCUGCUCCUUGACAGCUUUGUAGUGGGUGUAUUCUUCGCGGGUGCACCUAUUGGAACGUACCUUAUCUGGGCCAAAUUUCCUGCCCGCCGCGCGCUCUCCAUCUCGUUACUUUGGCUCACCUUCGCGGUCGAACUCGGGCGCUGGAUAGUGUCUCUUCGACAGAUCAUAUCCAUAGUCGAGCAGCAGGAUCCCUUUGGAACAUGGGACCUGCAAACGUUCGAAAAUGAAGGACUCGCGCCGGAUAUUAUCGGAGACACGGUAUUUGAAGGCUCGUUGCCCCUGGCUACAGAAACGGUACUGCUUGGGUUCUCGUCGUUCCUCUUUGCUCUGGCGAUGCGCAAUAGCCUAUGGCAAACAACGUCCCCGGGAUCUCGACGUUUCAACGGCUUCAAGGCACUCAUUCCAGCCGCUACUCUAAUCAUGUACACGAUAUCACUGGUACACUGGGCCGUUACGCUCAGUAUCUGGCAUCCCGUGAAUAUAGUGACCGAGUACGAUAAUGCUCGAAGGAGAUUGGUUCUACUGGUGCUGUUCUCGAUCAACGUCAUCAUAAGUGACGCAGUCGUCUUGUGGCGUAUGUGUGUCGUGUGGGAUAAACGACCCGCGAUAUUGGGGUUCGGCGCAAUACUGGUUGCAACAACCAUAGGGCUUAACGUUGCGAAUAUCGUCGGAGAGGGCCGUAUCUCAGACAGGGGAACCAUCCUAGUGGGACACGGAAAUCCCUUGUCCGAGAACCUCUUUCGAAUAUAUAGCCUCGGCUCGAUCGGGCUUGUCACAGUCUUCGUGUCGUUGGUGAGUAACUUCUGUGCGACUGUACUGGUGGGCGUGAAGGCCUGGAUACACCGGAGGCGGUUGGCUGAGUUUGCGCAUGCGCAUACUCGCCGUUCCCUUGCUAUACGAGUCAUGGAGCUACUGGUGGAGUCGGGCAUCGUCUACACCGCCGUAUGGGCUCUAUACUGUACCAGCUUCCUGCGAGACAUCUUACUCUACUACAUCUACGAGACACUCGACAAUGUCUCCGAAGUCGGUUUCAUAACCGCGGAAGACUUCCUGGACGUGUCGAUGGCCCAGAUAACCUCCAUCUACCCUCUCUUUAUAUUCAUGCUCGUGGCACUAGACAAGAUCCAUUAUUUGCGAGCGCCGCAGCUGGUUAGCAACGUUCUACCCGCAGCCGUCGCGCCGAUGGCCCCCGCCGCCAUCCUUGAGAAUGUGGGCGUUGAGCGCGUAGUGGCCCUCCGUACUGUGACGGACUCUGAGCGCGGCACAUUCGAUAUGUCUCCUGACGAGGCCAGCGCGCCUGAGGAAGAGAAAACAUCCAGUCCUAGGCUUUCGACUCGGUGA